AUGGCGCCGCCGUCGACGACGACGACGGAGCUGAUCGACGACGUCACAGCCGAAAUCCUCCUCCUCCUCCCACCGGACGAGCCCGAGCACCUCUUCCGCGCGGCCCUCGUCUGCAAGCCGUGGCUCCGCAUCCUCUGCGACCCCGCCUUCCUCCGCCGCUACCGCGCCUACCACGGAGCCCCUCCCCUCCUCGGCUUCAUCCACAGGUUCGCCGGGGACCUCGUCUCGCGUCUCGCUUCCACCACAUCAGUCCCCGCCUUCACUCAUCCGGGGUCUGACGGCCGCGGCGCGCGGGCCUUCGACUGCCGCCACGGCCGCGUCCUCAUGUCGCAGGACGAGAUCAGCGUGUAUAAUUUCCUCGUCUGGAAUCCCGUCUCGGGCGACCGACGUCGCUGCGUGCCCGUGCCGGACAUUGAUUAUUGGCUCUACUCCGCAGCGGUUCUCUGCGCCGCCGAUGGCUGCGACCACCUCGACUGCCACGACGGCCCCUUCCGCUUGGUUUUGGCCGGCAGGGACACCAGAUCGAAUCUCAUAUGCGCGUGCGUGUACUCGUCGGAGACGUGCACGUGGAGCACACCGGUGUCUCUUGACAACAGCCGUGGUUUCCACGUCCGGUCUAGGCCUGGCGCCCUUGUGAAUGAUGAAAUCUACUUCACAUUUUCACGGGAUGAUGCAAUUUUGAAGUAUGAUUGGGGCAAUAACUGGUUAUCUAUGGUAAAGACACCGGUACCGCGGUCUAGGUACUAUGGCUUUGCUGCCGUCAUGACGAUGGUGGAUGGUUCUCUGGGCCUUGGCCGCGUUGAGGAUUCUAGCCUUUAUCUGUGGUCAAGGAAGGUGAAUUCAGAGGGAGAUGCGGAAUGGAUACUAUGCAGGGUCAUCGAGUUGGAGACAGUGAUGCCCAUUGCCAAUCUCAGUCCUUAUGGAGCAAAUGUGGUUGCCUUUGCGGAUGGUGUAGAUGUCAUCUUCUUGGGUACGAAUGCAGGCUUAUUCACGAUUGAGCUUAAGUCAGGGCGGGUGAGGAUGUUUGGUGAGUCUUGGCUCCACCUUAGCAUCUUGCCCUACAUGAGCUUCUACACUCCUGAUCGUGGCACAUUGUUAUCGCUAGCGAGGACUCUCUAA